AUGCCCUACUCUCACCACAGUCACUCGGGCCAAUUCUGCGCACAUGCAAAGAACACGUUGGAAGAGGUCGUCCAGGCAGCCAUCACCAAGGGAUUUCACACCUUUGCGCUGACUGAACACAUACCAAGGCUCCGGGAAGACUUCUAUCCUGAAGAGGAAGCCAAGCAUACCGAGACCAGUCUCAUAGAGCUAUUCGAGGAAUUUGUCGCCGAGGCUCAUCGACUGCGAGAUGUUUACUCUGAUGAAAUUCAAAUCUUGAUCGGCUUCGAAUCCGAAUUUAUACGUCCUUCUACUCUAGAGGGGAUCCAAAGUAUCCUUCAGAGACACACGUUUGACUUCUUCAUGGGCUCCGUCCAUCACACGCAUACCAUACCUAUUGAUUUCGACCGUGCGCUGUACGAAAAAGCUCGUGAUGUAGCCGGUGGCACCGACGAGAGGCUCUUUGAAGACUACUUCGACUUGCAGUACGACAUGCUUCAAGCGCUGCAACCGCCCGUCGUUGGCCACUUUGACCUGAUACGACUGUUCAGCGAUCACCGCGAUGUCGGGUUUGAAGGCAUGGCUCGUGUGUGGGAGAAGAUACAACGCAAUCUGGAAUACGUUGCUGCUUAUGGAGGUCUUCUCGAGUUGAACUCGUCCGGUUUGCGCAAAGGCCUGGCCGAGCCGUACCCUUGCAGAAGCAUAUGUCAGGCAUUUCUGCGCUUACAGGGUGGCUUCGUCAUGUCUGAUGACAGUCAUGGCGUCGAUCAGAUAGGUACCAACUACCAGCCCUUGUUGGCCUUUAUCCAGCAGACAGGGAUCGAGAGAAUUCAUGUUGCUGAUAGGAACGGUGAACGGCAGCGGACCCGUUUCCCCAGUAUAGGCUUCUCUAGCAUCACUGUAGCCCAUCUGGCGCAAUUGCCCUUUUGGGCAAAAUUACAGCGCCAAGGUUCCGUUCAGGCCGCCGAUGAUUUUUCUUACUUCAAGUCCAUCGGUGUCUGA